AAAAGUUAGUUGAUAUUCUCUAGCGAGCGGUGUCUUUUCUAGUUUCACGCAUAUAUAAUGAAAUUGCAACAAUCACGACAACAUCAACAACAACAAUCCACUCAAGUGCAAGUGCAAAAAACUACAAUUAUGGUUGUUGAUGGUAAUAGCGACGAUCAAUCAACUAAACAAACAAUACGAACAAACCAACAUCAAAUCGUUGCUAAUAAAAACUACGAACCAAAGCAACAACAGCAUGAACAACAAAAAUAUCAACUGCACCGGCCGCAAAAAUCUAACAAACCGUCCAAACAGCAAUUUUUACAUUCAAUGCCCAUAAACAACAGCAACUGCAGUAACAGAAAGAUAACAGCAAAUGUGGGUGUUGGUGGCAACGAUAGCGGCAUGUCUACUGGUGCCAGUACCCCUACCGGUCGAGCCCAUACUGCGCAGAAACUCUAUGCUAAAGCGUUAUAUGAUAAUGUUGCUGACUCACCAGAUGAACUGGCCUUCAGAAAGGGCGACAUUCUUGCCGUCAUUGAGCAGGACACCGAUGGUUUGGUUGGAUGGUGGUUGUGCACAUUACGCGGCCGUCAGGGUCUUUGUCCUGGCAAUCGUUUACGAAUUUUAAAUUCCUAUGAUUCCGGCUGUUUUUCACCAUCACCAGCAUCGUCACCGUGCCCUUCAUUGGCUGCGAGUACAGCCACUUUAAACAGUUCCAUUUGUUCGGCCGACAUUUAUGAGAAUACAUCGAUAAUUAGCAGUCCGGGAAGCACUACUAAUGGCAGUGCCAACGGCUCUAUUAGUGCCAGUCAAACGCAUUUAAAUACGACAAUAGCUGGUAAUGCUGUCACAGUGAAUAAUUUACAGCAACAACAGCAACAACAGCAACGUCAAGGCAUACGAAGGUCAUGGCAUGUUUCGCCCAAUAAGGUCAUCACACCCCAAAGACAUGGUGAUGUAUAUGUCUACCAUACACCAGCUCCCAUUAUUAGUUAUCCCUCAACUAAUACCACUGCCAUCACUACCGCAAAUCUCUUGGAAUCGUAUCCAUCACAUCAACAACUUUACCAAAAUUUACCAACAACAAAAUUCAUAAGUCACGAAUUUGAAAAUUACGAUAUACCGAAACCGGCCAUUCCGGUUAACUACGAUUUACCGAAAAAUCUUAAUCGUACAAUAAUGGCUCAUUUGCCAACAUCAACACCAACAUCUGCGACAUCCGCUGCUAUCAAUACGAUGAUAAACACUUGUGCAACAGUUAUACAAGAAGAAAAUUAUGAUAUACCCCGUCCGUUAGCGGGUAGCAUAUUGCAGCAUCAGCAUACUUUAACACCUAGUAGUUCGAAUUCAUCUUUGCUAACGAGUGAUAGUUUAAGUUUAUCAUUCUCUUCAUCAAAUCGUUCCUCAUUGGCUAAUAUGCCAGAUUAUGAUGUACCCAGGCGUAAUCCAUUGCCAGUACGUACCGUUUUACAGCAGCAACAGCAACAGCAUCAACAACACCAACAACACCAACAACACCAACAACACCAACAACACCAACAAAUGCAGCAUCAAUCGCAACAAAGACCCAACUCAAGAACAUCGCUAAAUGGCAAUUGCUUAUCUUACGAUUUCCCUUUACCAAUCUCGAAUACGAGCUUAGAGAAGACGGGAGCUCAAGCCUUAUUAAUUACCAAAGAAUUACCACUAGAAUUAUCGUCGGCACUGGAAACCUUGGCCAAAUUGCAAUCGGAAACAACUACAGCUAUAACAAGAUUACUUUCUUUUGUGUCGCCUGAUUGGCGUACGCAUGAUAAAUUAGAACCGGUCUUGAUGGAAGUAAAAUUGGCUGUUGUACGUUUACGUACCGCUUUACACGAUUUGACCGAGUUUGGUGAGGGAGCCCUCGGCAAUGCAGCACGCUCUGAAGAUCGUACAUUAGCUCAAAAGAUACGACCAAUUAUAAGAGCACUACGAGAUGCUAAUAAAUUAGUUCAAGACUCUUGCGAAACAUUAGAAACUAAAGGCGGCUGGUGUUUAGAAAAUUUAACACGAAAUGAGGACAAAAAUGUUUGUAAGCCACCGGAUAGUUUAGAUCAAUUAGUCGCUUGUGCGCAAACGCUAACUGAGGAUGUGCGAUCAACAACAUCAUUUAUACAAGGCAACGCUUCAUUGCUAUUCAAGCGACAUUUACCGGAACUGAUAGAAGAGAUCCCAACACAAAAUCCUAACGAAAAUGACGAACAACGAAACGCCACAGAGUGGUUAGAAGAUUAUGAUUACGUAUCGUUUGAAUCCAAAGAUGCAGCUGCUAAGAAAAAUUCAGUCUUGCGAGAGGCUAUACCUGAAAAUUUAAAAAACAAAUUCGAUAAUGUUUUAAAGGCGGCCGAAAAUACGGUCAUUACUGUUUCUAAUACUUUGCCGACAACACCGAAUGGUAAGAAGGCCUGCAGCGAAUUAACCGACAAAGAUAAAAUGCUUGUGCGUUAUUAUGCGGUGCAAAUUUCUACACAUAUGGGUAAUUUAAGGCAAGCCAUUGACUCAUUUCUGGAGACAGUCGAAAAAAAUCAACCGCCGAAAUUUUUUAUAGCUUAUGGUAAAUUUGUGGUAGUAAGCGCUCAUAAUUUGGUAACUAUAGGCGAUAUAGUGCAUCGUAAUGUGUCGAAAAGCGAUUUAAAAGAGAAAAUAUUGCGGUGCACGGACGCCUUAUCGGAGGCGCUCAAAACGUGUGUGCUUAAAUCGAAACAAGCAGCCGCUCAUUUUCCAAGUGUAACCGCCGUACAAGAAAUGGUCGACUCAGUUGUCGACAUCAGUCAUUUGGCAUCAGAUUUGAAAACAGUUAUGUUGCACGCAGUACAAUUAACUAUAUAGAGUGACAAAAGGCAGAAAAUACAAGAGAGAGAGAGAGAGAGAGAGCGAGACAGAGACAGCGAAGAGAAUGUAAACUUGGAUACUUGUGUGGGGAACAUAUUAACACAAAAAUCGAGUUGAAAGAAAUGAAAUCAUUGCAAUAAAAUUGAUGGCAGCGAUCAGCAUUUACUAUAGAGGAUCAUCGCAAUUUAAAUAGUCUGACAAAUAGCAUAUUGUUCCUUAAAAGAAACAAAAUUUACUUAGAAUUAGUAUAACAGUAAGCAUGAGGAGGCAAGAUAAACCAAGCUCCACCUAUUCGCUUCAAUUUGUUUGAUUUGAUUUAUGUACAGAAGAGCUGAAAUUAUUUCUUGUUGUUUCUUUUUUCUUUUAUAUUCUUUUG